AUGAAGUCACAACAAAACACAUUUGAGCUCAGUGACGGAAGCAAGCGGUGGAUCAACAACUCCUCCCGUGUGCCGCGUGUCGAGUGGGGACUCCACUUCCCAGCCGCCAACGGCGAAUAUCAGUCUCCCAUAAACCUAAACUCCAGGGAGGCCCAGUAUGACUCGUCCCUCCUAGAUGUGGGUUUGUCUCCAAACUACGUGGUGUGUCGAGACUGUGAGGUCAUCAACGAUGGACACACCGUCCGCAUCGUUCUCAAGUCCAAGUCAGUGGUUACAGGUGGUCCUCUGCCGAGUGAUCAUGAGUUUGAGCUUCAUGAGGUUCGAUUCCACUGGGGAAAAGAGAACCAGAGAGGAUCAGAGCACACAGUCAACUUCAAGGCUUUCCCCAUGGAGCUCCACCUGAUUCACUGGAACAGCACAUUGUUCAACACACUGGAGGACGCUCUUGGGAAGAGGAACGGAGUCCUCAUCAUCGCUCUUUUUGUGCAGAUUGGUAAGGAGCAUCUGGGUCUGAAGGCCAUCACUGAAGUCCUGCAAGACCUACAGUACAAGGGGAAGAACAAAAUCAUCCCAUGCUUCAACCCCAACACACUAUUACCUGACCCGUUACUGAGAGACUACUGGGUGUAUGAAGGAUCUCUGACAACUCCGCCCUGCAGUGAACAUGUGACCUGGAUUCUUUACCGCUACCCUCUCACCAUCUCACAGCUGCAGAUUGAAGAGUUCCGGAGGCUGCGCUCCCACGUUAAAGGUGCUGAGCUGCUAGAAGGCAAUGAUGGGAUGUUGGGAGACAACUUCCGCCCCACACAGCCACUCAAUGACCGGACGGUUCGUGCUGCCUUCCAGUGACUCUCAUGAAUCAUUUCUAAAAAAAAUGGGACUUAACGAUAUAAGUAUAGAAGGUAACAGCAGUGCUACGUCUCCUGUUUUACUAACUUAUUGCUGGUACAUAUUCACACUGUUCUGCACCAAUAAAACAUUGAAUAACGUGAUAUUAUACAACAAUGCGUUAAAUAUGUGUGUAUAUAGAAUGUAUUUGUGAACGUGCCUUGUACUGUAAAGCAUCUAUAAACGCUGUCAAUUUCCCACAUGCCUUUAAAGAAGUAGUCGUUGAUUUUGUUGCUUAAACAGCUUUAGGUAAAGACAUGGAUUGGAUUUACCUCCAUUUGGGUUAUUUUACCCCCACCUGAACAUGAUACGUCCCCUCUUCCCUCACCCUUUGAGUUCUACUUCAUUGCUGCUUUGCUUGUCUUUGUUCUGUAGUUAUCUGCCUACAGCAGAGCAGGUUGUGGACAUUAGCUCCAUCGGUGUUUGGACUGGAAACAGGCAUCUGCGUCUGCGACAAACUUAAAAACGCUUAUAAAAAUCUAUGUUCCCACACAACUUUGAUGCAUUUCAAUACUAUAACUGAAUUGCUGUUGGGGACACUUUAAUUAGGUGCAUCUAAAAGAGUUCAUAUGAUGGCAAAGGAUGUAGCAUAUCUGAACUAUUACUCUGUAUUUGGAUUAAAAUGAGCAAUAAUAAAGCAAUGUCCUCUCUGCUCAGACGGACACUAAGCAACCUGUUUAAA